UCUCAACUUUAUGUUUCGUUGCAUACAACGCGCUUAGAUUCCCAUUGGUAGGGGAUCAGCCUACAGACAUUGAAAAACAAACACGAAGUUUAGUUCUUGACUACAUAACAAAACCGAAUAGCCCUGCAAAUGUUGACCUGGUAAAUUCUGAGAGUCUUAAGCUUGCAAAACAAGUCGAUCCAGAAGGCAAAAGAACUAUUGGAGUUCUAACUAAAUUGGAUCUUAUGGAUGCCGGCACAAAUGCGUUAGAUGUUCUUACUGGUCGCGUUAUACCUCUUAAGCUGGGCUUUAUUGGGGUUGUGAAUCGUAGUCAACAAGACAUAAUGGGUAAUAAACCUAUGGCUGAAGCUUUGAAGGCUGAAAGUGAAUUUUUUAAACGACACUCAGCAUAUCGAAGCAUCGCUUCGAGAUGUGGGACACCUUUUUUAGCGAAGAUCCUAAAUCAUCCAACACAAUUUUGUUGGGCCGCACGUGUCAUGAUUAAUACUCUCAUCAGUCAAACUACGCAAGAACUCUUGUCUUAUGGAGAUCCUGUACUUGACGAAAAGACUAAUAAAGGAGCAUUAGUAUUGAAAUUAAUUACUAAAUUCUCAAAUGAUUUCAUUUCAUCGAUUGAUGGUACCGCAUUAGAUAUAUCGACAAAAGAAUUAUGUGGAGGCGCAAGGAUAUAUUAUAUUUUCAAUAAUAUAUUUGGCGCAGCAUUGCAAACCAUUAGUCCAUGUGGCAAUCUUUCAGUACAAGAUAUUCGAACCGCUAUUCGAAACUCUACUGGCCCAAGGCCAUCUCUAUUCGUACCGGAAAUUGCAUUUGAUCUUUUGGUUAAGCCCCAGAUUCUUUUACUCGAACAGCCAAGUUUAAGGUGUGUUAAACUUGUGCACGAAGAGUUGGCAAAGAUAUGUCAUAGUUGUGGAAGUCAGGAACUUUACCGUUACCCACGGUUACAUGCUAAACUUAUAGAAGUUGUUUCUGAUUUACUUCGUGAAAGACUCAACCCUACUACGUCUUAUGUGGAAAGUUUAAUCAGUAUUCAGCGUGCAUAUGUCAAUACCAAUCACCCAGAUUUCAUUGGAGGUGCGGGAGCCAUGUCAGACCUCGCAAACAUGAGUGGUAAUACUACACAUACUUCAACACUGGGCGGGUCGGCAAUUUCCAGUAAUGAUAUCCAGGAUGGCUUACCAUUUUCAGAUAAAGAAUCUAGUGGUUCUAAAGAUAUAGGCCUACAGAAUGGCAUCAGCAAUUCCUCACGUGAAUCUUUUCUGACUUACUUCUUUGGGACUGGUAAUAAAAGUGAUAGAACGGUAUUGACAGAUCAACCAUUACCUAAUAGAAAUGGUACAUCCGCUAAGACCGGAAUAGACAUGG